AUGGUUUUAGAAUACAAUGACGCAUCUUUUAAGCUAACAUUCAGGAUCAUACGAUCAUUAUUGAUGAUUUUUUUAAAAUUUCAUCAAACCAAUGAUAAUGAAGGAAAGAAGAAAGAAACUAGAAUAAUUUGUCCUAAUAGUGAAUGUAAAGAACCUUUGUACUCCUAUGCUAAAUUGAAUAUUCACUUAUCUCAAAUACAUGGAUUUACUGAAAAAGUGAAAGAAAUGAAAUUUCUAAGCAUCCCAGAAUUUGACACAUGGAAGAGAGGAGAAGAACAAAAAAGUUUUUCAAUGUUUGUUAAGGAUAGAGCAAUGUCAAAAUUUCAUGAUGGAUGUAGAAGACAAUAUUAUUAUUGUCAUCGUUCAUAUAACUAUGGUAGUAAGAAUGAAAACCAAGAAAAAAUGGAGAAAGCGAGAGAAACUAAAUUCAUGGGAAGUAAUAAAAUAGAUGGAACUUGUCCAUCAAUGAUGAAAGUUACUUAUAUAGAACAUGAAGGGACAGUUAACGUUAAGUUUUGGGAAAAUCAUUAUGGCCAUGAUCAUGAAAUUGGUAGAAUUAGAAUUGACGAAGAAACCAGAACAAAAAUUGCUGCAAAAUUGAAAGAAGGAGUAACUUUCGCACAUAUUAUAGAUUCAAUUCGUGAUCAAGAAGUGACAGAUGAUACUUUAAAACGAUCUCUCCUUUUGGACCGUAAAGAUCUGCAUAACAUUUCACGAGACUUCAAUAUUGAUUAUGCUACAAAAAAACACAAAAACGAUGCAAUUAGUAUAAAGUUAUGGGUUGAAGAGAUGAAGACAUUAGAAAAACAAUGUCCUGUUUUAUACUACAAAGGCCAAGAUGAGAAUGAUUGGAACGGAGAACAAGGAGUCUUGGAUAAGAAAGAUUUUACAAUCAUUUUAAUGACAAAUUUUCAAGUAGAACAAUUAAAAAAAUUCGGCCACAAUAAAAUUUGUAUAGAUGGUACUCAUGGCACAAAUGCAUAUGAUAUUCAGUUAUAUACUAUUGUAACUGUUGAUGAAUUUGGAUCAGGUUGUCCAGUUGCGUUCUGUUUGUCAAAUCGAUCUGAUGAGAUAAUUUUCCAAUUAUAUUUCAAUAUAAUUAAGCAUAAAGUAGGUGUUAUUAACUGCAAUGUAUUUAUGACUGAUGAUGCUCCAGCGUUCUAUAAUGCAUGGGUUGUUGUUAUGGGAUCUGUUGAACACAGACUAUUGUGUACAUGGCAUGUAGACAAAAACUGGAGACAAAAUUUAUGUAAAAUCAGUGGAGGACCCGAAAAGAAAGCAUUAGUUUACAAAUCAUUAAGAAUCCUUUUAUAA